AUGAAAAAAAAACUGAAGAUGGGAUUAUUGGUGAUGGCAAGCAACACAAUGAGUCAAGAUAUCCUACAAUUAUUACAAGAUAAACCUCAAGAGAUUUUCAACUUGAAGGAGAAGAGUAGUUACUUCAACUUAUUGGCAAAAUCAUUUUUGGACCCUUUAACUAAAGAAUAUUCUGUGUUAGAUGAGAUUUAUGUUGAUGGGUUAGAUUCUACACAAGUGUUUGGCCAAACCAAGAUGGUUCUUGAUGGUGUUGGCGAAAAAUUGCUUGGAGAAAAGAUCCCAAAUGUGGUAGAAAGACUUGAGAUGAUGGAAGAUCCUGAAGAACAAUCAGAAGAAGAUCUUUCCGAACAAGAACAAUCCGAUGAGGUCGAUGAAGAAGAAAAAGACGAUGAAGAAAGAGGAGAAUUAGAGGAAAAACAACCAGAAGAGUCUGAACAAGAACUCGAAGGGGAGAAAGAAGAAGAAGAAGAAGAAAAUGAAUUGAGUGAAGAACAACAAUCUGAAGAAGAGGAAAAUGAUGAAACAGAAUAUAAAAAAGAUGCAUUUGGAUUGAAUGAUGGAUUUUUCGAUAUUGACGAAUUCAAUAAACAGAUUUUAGCAAUGGAAAAAGACGAUUUUGGAAACGACGACGAGGAUGACGAAGACGAAGACGAAGAGGAAGAAAGUGAUAGUGAUAGUGAAGUGGUAGAUUAUUAUUCCGACUUCUUUGGUGGUAAAAAAGGAAACAAAAAUAAAGAUGAUGAAGACAUUGAAGACAACGAGGAAGAAGGAGAAGGAGAACGUGGUGGUGAACUAAAUGAAGACGAGUAUGCAGUGGGUGAGACCAUGCGUGAUAUGUUUGGUGACGAGGAUGAAGAGGAAGAAGAAGAAUCGGAAAAGUCCUUGUCUUCAUUUCAAAAAAGGCAAAGGGCUAUUCAAGCUGAAAUAGCCAAACUUGAAGCUGAAUUAAUUGAGCCUAAAAAAUGGACCAUGAAAGGGGAGGUAAGCUCUGCCAACAGAGGAUCCUUGUUGGAUACUGAUGAAUUAAAAUUUGACAGAACUGCCAAACCCGUACCGACAAUAACAGAAGAAUCCACUCAGACUUUAGAGGCAUUGAUUAUUAAAAGAAUUAAAGAAGGGGAAUUUGAUGACUUACCAAGAAGAGUUAUGACAGAAAUACCUCAUCACAAAACAACUGAACAGUUUGAAAUUCCAACUGAAAAGAAAUCAUUAGCUGAACUAUAUGAGGACGAAUACCAUCAAAAGGACGAUGUAAAAGAAGAUCCAGCCAAAGAUGCUCUCAAAGAGGAAAUUUCCGAGUUGUUCAAAACCGUAAUGUCACAGUUAGACAGAGCUCAAUCUGCCUAUAAUAGUUUUGAAAUCAAAGUCAAAGAUGGUAACCUUGAAGAUGCCUCUCUUCAUGCUGUUGGUACCGAGAGUAAAUUGGCACCUCAGGAAAUUUAUAAAGGUGGCUUGACUUAUUCAAAGGAUGAAAUGGAUAAACAACAAAAGCUCAGAUUGAGAAGAGCUGCCAAGAGAAAGAGAAAGAGAGCAAUGGAGAAUAAACCUCAAGAAAACAAAAAGGUUAAAGUUACUGAAACGUUAUCCAAAGCUAAGAAUAUCACUCUUAUUGACAAGAAUGGGGAUUUCAGAGAUACUCAAGGUAAUAUUAAGAAAAAUCAAAGUAUGAACAAUUUUAAAUUAUAG